AUGUUCUGCCAGCGCUGUCAGUGUUGUCGGAGCGGAGGUUGCUGCAAUAACCGGGCGUUCUCCGAUGAUCAUUCUGAGAGACCAGCACCUAUUGAUACGUGCACGUCCCACUUUCCUCAAGUAACCAUCCCGCGGAUCAUGAAGAUAUCCUCCGUCAAGACGCUCAUGACCUUCUACUUGUCCACCUUAUUAUUCCUACCGAGAACAAAUGCUCUGGAAGAGAACUGCACGGAUUUUCAGGGCGGCACUGUCAGACACGGCCUCCUCUACGUGCCAGGACCUGCGGUCUGCAGUCUCUGCGUAUGUUAUCAUUCCGAGCCGAUGUGGUGCCAGGCGAUCUACUGUACGCCGCCGUAUAAAUGCAAGAAGUUCCGCGUGGGCGAGCGCUGCUGCGAGUUCGAGUGCCUGGACGACAGCGACGACUGGAGUGGCCCGGACGUGUACAACGUUUACGCCGCGGCGUCGUCGACGGACCUGAAGCAGAAUCCGAUGGUCCUCUUCCUCCUCGGACUGUUUGCGCUGCUGAUGGUGCCCUAGUGCUCACGACCUGGCCCGAGGUGGAGGAGAUCCGUCGCGAACCUUGCAGACCUCGCCCUCGUCAGGAAAAUUCGUCCGUUGUUAGUGAUAUCAGUGAUCCGACGGUGAUGACGACAGAUACGAUGACGAUGAUUGUGCACGAGAAAUCAGAGAUUCCCGGAGACGAGUUUGAUCGACUCAUCCCCGCACGAUUACGUCAUUAAAUGGCAAAAUGGCGUCAUUAAAUGGCAAAAUGACGUCAUUUUGACGUCGUGACGUUAUUAGAAAUCAUUUUGACGUUUAAUGACGUCA